CCUGCGAGACGUUACGACAUGGAUCCCAGCGAGCGCAGGUUCUACCACUCGCACCCCGUGGAUUCCAGAAAACUUUUAGACCAUUACUGUUCGCCCACCGCGGGCGAGGCGAUGCUGGAAACCACGAUAAAAUUUCCCAUUCAACAGGUUCACAAGGCGCUGUCGGCAGGUAAUAUUAAAGGGGACACCUUUAUUGACAUCACCAUUGGCGGUAUUAUGUAUCCUCUCUUGGCUGCCUGUGAGUUUUUCAAAGACAUCAUUCUUUUAAAAUUCAACGACGAAUGCAUUGCGGAGACGGAGAAAUGGCUGAACGCGCACUCGGAGGCCUUCGACUGGUCUCACGCGUCCAAGUAUUUCACGGAGCUGGAAGGCAAGGGACACGGGUGGCAGGAGAAAGAAGAAAGAUUAAAAAGUAAAAUCCGACGCGUGGUGAAAUGCGACCUGGCGAAAGAAAACCUCACGGAGCCCGAGGUUCUGCCGAGAGCCGACUGCUUGCUGAUCCUCGGGAUUCUGGAAACGACCAGCGAGGAUCACGAGAGCUUCCGCCGGAACCUGAAGAAGUUCGCGUCGUUAUUAAAGCCGGGGGGGCGCCUGUUAUUAUUUGUAGCGCUGAACGCUACAAAGUAUCGAGCCGACGAGCGCGACCUCCAUUACUUCACGUGCGAUGAGGCUCUGCUCACGGCGAGUCUCGGGGAAGAGGGCUUUGCGGUUGAAAGUUGCGAAGUCUUCCAAAAGAAGGAGCACACGGACCUCGUCGAUUAUUCGGGGAUCGCGUUUAUCUCAGCGCAGAAAGAUUCUGAGGUAACGAAGUAACUUCUCUUAAGUCUUAGGGUCU